AGAAAGGAAAGCAGUUGCUCAACUGUGGCAGAAAACAUACACGCCGAGUCGUGGUGCCGGUAGUCUAGUCUGCUCGCUAGCUUCGUCGCGUUUGCCCGGUUAAAUCGCGCUCGCUCUCAACUAACUUUAGAAAUAGUGAGUGACAGUUUGGUGAAUUCGACGGUGGAUAUUACAGGAGGUGACCAAAUAUGCUGCUAAGGAGAGCGGGACUCCUGUUGGGGUGUCUUGCGUUAUGUAGUGCCAUCCAAUACACACACCUGGACAGUGAGUGCGCUUUCUAUCUUGAUGGAGCCGGGAGAACGACGCUCUAUGAUUACUCAUUGAAUCUUUUGCGUGGACCAGUAGGUUUUGGUGCUGCCCAGCCGUGCAUAACAUUCGAUGCUAUCAACCAAGCUUACAUUGAUGCGAGGAAAAGAAUACCUCUGAAAGCCCCAGCUGAAAAUGAAGAAUGGAUGCCUCAUCAUGUAGGUUCAUUUGGAGAGCUACUUUUGGACAUUACCAAGCAGCUAACCAGAACGUACGGUCUGACAGUGGACGAGGUUGAGAAAGGACUGCCACUGAUUGACACUUCCAAGACGCUCAUCAAGGAAGUUUGCCCGCCUUACCUUGGCGAGGUGGAAUGUCGUCCUGGAAAGUACAGACGCCUCGACGGUCUCUGCAAUAACGUGCGAAAUCCCACAUGGGGCGCCGCUAAUACACCGUUCACAAGACUAGUCUCGCCGCAAUUCGCCGACGGAAUAGACGCACCUCGUGCAAGUGUACUCGGCCAUCCUCUGCCCAUUCCGCGUAUCGUCUCGCGCACCAUGCAUCCAGACGAGGGCUUCCACGACCAUGCUGGCACUGUCAUGGUUGUCGCCUGGGGUCAGUUCAUGGACCACGACUUCACGCUCACUGCCACUCCACUGGAUCCAAGAGACAAGAACGAGCCAGAGGAAUGUUGCAAGAGGCCACCUCAUCUGAAGCACCCCUACUGCUUGGAAAUUGAAAUCCCAGAUGACGAUUACUUCUAUCACAAAUACGGAGUCAAGUGUCAAGAUUUCGUCAGAUCAUUCCCAGCACCUAGACCAGGAUGUAGACUUGGAUCAAAGGUGCCAUACAAUACACUGACUGGAGUCAUUGAUGGAAACACUGUCUAUGGAGUUACCGAUGAAUUUGGCAGACAUUUGCGUUCUGGAUAUGGAGGCCAGCUGCGCAUGAAUCCAGUGUUCUCUGAGUACGGUUUGAAAGAUCUGCUGCCGCUGAAGCUGGAUGUUCCCGAUGAAGGAUGCACCAGAACCAACGCAUCGCAGUUCUGCUUUGAGGCCGGUGAGAUAAGAGUGAACGAACAGCUCGUCCUGACAUGCAUGCACACUUUGAUGGCUCGCGAACAUAACCGCAUAGCUGCAGAACUGGCAACAAUUAAUCCUCAUUGGGACGAUGAAACACUGUAUCAAGAGUCAAGAAGGAUUGUUAUAGCCGAGAUCCAACACAUCACUUUCAAUGAGUUCCUACCAAUCAUUCUAGGAAAGGAAGUUAUGCAGAAAUUCGAUCUUAUCCCACAAAAAGAUGGCUAUUGGGAUGGAUAUGACACAGAGAUAAACCCAAAUAUCAUUGAUGCUUUCUCAGCAGCUGCAUUCAGAUUUGGACAUUCCCUGCUGCCAACAGCGGUCGAACGCUGGAGUAAAGCACACAAAUUCAUUGCAUCAAAACGACUUUCCGAUCUGAUAAGAAGACCAUACGAUCUCUACCGUGCUGGAGUGAUGGACGAAUACUUCAUGGGAUUGAUGAACCAAGUUGCACAAGCUAUGGACGAUUCCAUCACACAGGAGGUAACAAACCAUCUAUUAAAGAAGCCCGGCAAUAGAUUUGGUCUUGAUUUGGUUGCAUUCAAUAUGCAGAGAGGAAGAGAAUUUGGUGUGCCUGGCUAUAUGGAGUUCAGGAAAUUCUGUGGUCUUCCAGCUGGUGAAACUUUUGAAGAGUUGUUUGGAACAAUGCCAAAUACAACAGUUUUCCGAUAUCUGUCUAUUUUUGAUCAUCCAUCUGAUGUGGACCUGUGGUCGGGUGGUGUGUCGGAGCGCCCCCUGCCGGGAAGCAUGAUUGGACCCACAUUUGCCUGCAUCAUCGCCACCCAGAUGAGCUACAUUCGUCGCGGAGAUCGGUUCUGGUAUGAACUGCCCAAUCAGCCUUCAUCUUUCACUCCAGAGCAACUCCAGGAAAUUAGGAAGAUAAAGUUGUCCAGGGUUAUUUGCGAUAACACAGACUUGAUCGAUACGAUUCAAAUUUAUCCCAUGGUUCUUCCAGAUCACGAAAUCAAUCCCCGAGUACCUUGUAAGAGCAGCAUUAUUCCAAGCAUUGAUUUGACGAAGUGGGCUGAAUUCCCACACGCAGCAGAGUCGCAACAUGUGCCCUAUGUGAGUACCCUUGAUGGUUCCUACAGCGCUUAUUUGAAAAAAUGAAAGCAUCAAGCAACUGUAAAUAACAAGGAGUCAAAUCCACAGUUGUACGUCUCUAGAUAUGCCACACACCUUCUCAACAGCAGCAAUCAAAUUCCGCUUUUAAUUAAUUCAAAUAGUUGGAUGAAUCAAUUGAAACCAGCUAGAGUGUAAAUUGUUCAAAUAAUUGAGUCUUGUGUAAGAAAU